CCACUCAUUCCUCCGUCUGCUUCUACAUCUCUGUCUGUCUCUCUCUCUCUCUCUAUCUCUCACUCUGCUUACACCAUUACUUCCCACCGUUAUUCUUUCACCACCAGCAGAUGCUCUCCCUUCUUACAAUGAUUCUCUUUCAUGUUCCGCUUAUUCCCCUAUUGUCCCAAUACAAAUAAACGUCUUUACUAGCAGAAGACCUGCUGCUGCUUCGGCUGCCUGUGUGCAACACAAGACACAGACAGAGUCAGAGUCAUGCUUCUAUGGCUGCAUCCUUCGAGACACGACAAGUUCGUACUCAAUCCAGAGAAGACCCUUUUCGAAUUACUCUGCUUUCUGUUCCUCUUUUGUUUUCCUACGCCCCAUCAUGCCUGCCGGGAGCUCGAUCGAGUGUCUUUGCUGUCCUUCUCCCAGAACCUCUCAACUCCUCUGAAUUGGUCUUCUUCUUCUUCCUCGGAAUGCUGUGGUUGGGAAGGCAUUUAUUGCGAUGCUAACGGUUGGGUCAAAAGUCUAUGGCUUCCCUCGAAAGGACUCAGAGGACCCCUAUCUGUCUCUCUUGCUAACCUUACCCACCUCUCUUACCUCAAUCUCUCUCAUAAUUUCCUAUCUGGGCCUCUUCCACUUUCCUUCGUUUCGUCCUUUGAUCACCUAAAAACCCUCGAUUUGAGCUUCAAUCGUCUUUCCGGUGAAUUACCGGCGUCUGCAUCACCCAACCGUUCCUUAUCUCUGCAGAUUCUUGAUUUGUCAUCCAAUCUCUUCUCCGGAGAUUUUCAGUUAUCAUUCCUCGAACAAGCUUCGAAUCUAUCGACAUUGGAUAUCAGCAACAAUAGCUUCAGAGGCAUCAUUCCUUCUUCAAUAUGCCAGAAUUACGCUAUGCUUAAGCACUUGGAUUUCUCCUUCAAUCUCUUCAGCCAAGGGAUUCCUUUGGGGCUUCAUAUGUGUUCGCAGCUGGAGGUUUUCAGAGCAGGUUGGAACCAACUUAUAGGACCUUUACCCGAUGACAUCUAUGGUAUAAUUUCGCUGAAGCAGCUUUCCGUUCCCUCCAACAAUAUAUCAGGAAAUAUAGAUGGAGCUGAUCAGAUCGUUCGCCUUGUCAACCUCAACAUUCUUGACCUUUCCUGCAAUUAUUUGACAGGGCAACUACCUCAGGACAUUGGGAAGCUGACGAAUUUGGAAGAACUGAUCCUCUACCAGAACAACCUCACUGGUCUUCUGCCUCCAUCCUUCACGAAUUGCACAAAUCUCCGGGUCGUGAGUCUAAGGCUCAAUGGGUUCGAAGGAGAGUUAUCCACCAUUGAUUUCUCCAAAUUUGUGCAAUUGAACACCCUAGACUUGGCUGGAAACAACUUUUCUGGUUAUAUGCCACUAAGCAUAUACUCAUGUCCCUCCUUAACUGCAAUCCGAUUCACGAAGAACCAGCUCGAGGGACAAAUCCAGCCUGAAAUACUUGCAUUGAGGAAACUAUCUUAUCUCGCAAUUUCGGCCAAUCGGCUGACCAAUAUCACUGGAGCAUUGCGGAUUCUGAUGCAUAGCAGGAACCUCACCACACUUCUCCUGGGGGAGAACUUCUAUGGAGAGGCGAUUCCCGUCAACAUUGAUUCUGAUGGAUUCCAAAAUAUCCGGGUUCUGGCUAUUGGUGGUUGUCAGCUCACCGGCCAAUUGCCCAACUGGUUAGUUAAUCUCGGGAAGUUGGAGGUCUUGGAUUUGUCUUUAAAUCAGUUCACAGGUUCAAUCCCUGGGUGGUUUGGAACACUACCAAAACUCUUCUAUAUAGACUUGUCUAGUAACUUUCUUACAGGAGAAUUGCCUCUAGAGUUCACAGGGAUGCCCAUGCUGGUCUCAUCAGUUCCUUUGAAUCAGAUUAAUCUCGAGCUACCCGUCUUUGUCGUCACCCAAAAUAAUAAUGGGCAAGUGUACACUCAGAUCUCCAGUUUACCCCCUGCGAUAUACCUGGGAAACAACAGCAUUAAUGGCAGCAUUCCUCCAGAGAUUGGAAUGUUGCAUAACCUUCUUGUGCUAGACCUCAGCCUCAACAAGUUCUCUGGUGUGAUUCCUGACCAGCUAUCCAAUCUCACCAACUUGGAAACACUGGAUCUUUCAGGGAACAACCUUACCGGUGAGAUCCCAUCGUCGCUGGUUCAGCUCCAUUUCUUGUCUUGGUUCAGUGUUGCAUAUAACAAUCUGGAAGGGCCUAUACCAGUGGACGGCCAGUUUGAUACUUUCCCCAUCUCCAGUUUUGUUGGGAAUCCAGGGUUGUGUGGUCCGCCCGUGCAACGGCCUUGCCACAUUCAAAAUGAGGAAACUACCACCAGUCCUGCACCCAGCAAGAGCACCAACGCGGAACACCUUUUGGUAGUUCUCGGAAUAUGCUUAGGGUGUGGUUUUGUGUUCGCUGUGCUAACUCUUUGGAUAGUAUCCAAAAAGAUCAAACUCAGAAGAGAGGACAGUAACAAGAUUCAUCUGGAACUCAGUUCAUGCAGCUCCAAUUUUGGCGUACCUCCCCUUAUGGUGGAGGAUUCAAGUCUGGUGAUGUUGUUCCCCGGAAACUGUAAUGAAUUCAAGGAUCUCACAGUAUCAGAUAUCUCAAAAGCAACAAACAAUUUUGACCAAGAAAACAUCAUAGGCUGUGGGGGAUUUGGAUUGGUAUAUAAGGCAACAUUACCAAAUGGAACCGUGCUGGCUGUUAAGAGACUGUCUGGAGACUUGGGUAUGGUGGAAAGGGAAUUCAUGGCUGAGGUUGAAUGCCUUUCCACAGCUCAGCAUGAGAAUUUGGUCUCUCUGCGUGGUUACUGUGUGCACGAUGGAUGUAGGAUGUUGAUUUAUCCCUUCAUGGAGAAUGGGAGUCUGGACUACUGGCUACAUGAGAAGACUGAUGGUGCAUCUGUACUUGACUGGCAUACUAGGCUGAAAAUUGUGCAGGGAGCGUGCCGUGGGCUUUCUUACAUGCACCAGAUCUGUGAGCCGCACAUUAUUCAUCGGGACAUCAAAUCUAGCAACAUCUUGCUUGAUGAGCAUUUUGAGGCUCAUGUUGCAGAUUUUGGACUUUCACGAUUGAUCUUUCCAUAUGACACCCAUGUCUCAACUGAGCUGGUUGGGACCCUAGGCUACAUUCCUCCUGAGUAUGGGCAGGCCUGGGUCGCCACCUUGAGAGGAGAUGUUUACAGUUUUGGGGUUGUUAUGCUUGAGCUGCUCACAAGGAAGAGGCCUCUUGAGGUCUUCAAUCCAAAAAUGACAAGGGAAUUGGUUGGAUGGGUGCAGAAAAUGAAGUCUCAGGGCAUGCAAGAUGAAGUCUUUGACCCUCUUCUGAGGGGCAAGGGGCAUGAAAAAGAGAUGCAGCAGGUGCUCGAGGUGGCUUGCUUAUGUGUCAAUCAAAAUCCAUUCAAGAGGCCAACUAUCACGGAAGUGGAGGGUUGGCUCAAGAAUGUAGGGGUAGCCCCAUAGACCAAAUAUAAAGUUACAAGUUUCUACAAAGAUUUAGUCAUUCUUCAGUUAGUCUCUCACACUGUAGUUAUAUUUGAUUUACAAACAAACAUUUGUGCCUUGUAUCAUAGCCACAGAGUUUCACCCCUCUAUAACUAUGAAGUUGACAAAAGAAAGGAAAAAUGGUUUUCAACUUCAGC